AAAACGGGGUCUCACUUAGUUUCCCUUUUCCUCUUACAAAUACUUGCUUUUAUUAUUAUUAGUAUUAUAUAUAUUUAAAUAAUUAAUUAAUUCUAAAAAAAAUUCAAAAUAAAGGAGAAGAACAAAAUAAAAAAUAAAAUAAAAAAUGAAUAAUGAUGUUGCUAUUGGAUCAGCUGUAAUGGAGAGUAAGCCGAAGACGAAGAUCGUAUGUACUCUCGGUCCUUCCUGUAGAUCCGUCCCUAUGAUCGAGAAGCUGUUGAAAGCCGGUUUAAGCGUCGCUCGUUUCAAUUUCUCUCACGGAUCUCAUGAUUAUCAUCAGGAAACUCUUGAUAAUCUCCGGGCAGCAAUGAUCAAUACCGGAAUCUUUUGCGCCGUCAUGCUCGAUACUAAGGGUCCUGAGAUUCGAACAGGUUUCCUCAAAGAUGGAAAAGUUCAGCUGAAACAGGGUGAAGAAAUCACCAUUACCACAGACUACGACAUAAAGGGUGACGAGAAACUAAUAAGCAUGAGCUACAAAAAGCUGGCCGAGGAUGUAAAACCUGGGAUGGUUAUCCUUUGUGCAGAUGGCACAAUCUCGUUUACCGUCUUAUCUUGCGACCUUGAAAAGGGUUUGGUUCACUGCCGGUGCGAGAACUCUGCCGUUCUCGGCGAGAGGAAGAACGUUAACCUUCCCGGCGUGGUCGUCGACCUCCCUACAUUGACGGAUAAAGAUAAGGAAGAUAUAUUGCAAUGGGGGGUUCCUAACAAAAUCGAUAUGAUUGCUCUUUCAUUUGUUCGAAAAGGCUCGGAUUUGGUUGAGGUUCGUAAGGUGCUCGGAGAGCAUUCUAAGAAUAUUCUUCUCAUGUCCAAGGUUGAAAAUCAAGAAGGGGUGGCAAAUUUUGAUGACAUCCUUGCAAAUUCAGAUGCAUUCAUGGUGGCACGAGGUGACCUUGGAAUGGAGAUUCCAAUCGAAAAGAUAUUUCUAGCCCAAAAAGUCAUGGUUUACAAGUGUAACAUCCAAGGCAAACCCGUCGUCACCGCCACCCAAAUGUUGGAAUCCAUGAUCAAGUCUCCCCGCCCAACCAGGGCGGAGGCCACCGACGUCGCUAACGCAGUCCUCGAUGGCACCGACUGCGUCAUGUUAAGUGGCGAAACCGCUGCCGGGGCUUAUCCUGAACUAGCUGUUCAAACAAUGGCCAAAAUAUGCGUUGAAGCCGAAAGCACACUCGAUUACGAAGAUGUGUUCAAAAGGAUUAUGAAACACUCCCCGGUACCAAUGAGUCCAUUGGAAAGCUUGGCUGCCACGGCUGUUAGGACGGCGAAUUCAGCAAGUGCAGCUCUUAUAUUGGUGUUAACGAGGGGAGGGAGUACGGCGAAGCUGGUGGCUAAGUACAGACCAGGAAAACCCAUUUUAUCGGUGGUGGUACCGGAGAUAAUGACGGAUUCUUUUGAUUGGUCGUGUAGCGAUGAAAGGCCGGCGAGGCAUAGCUUAAUAUUUCGUGGGUUGAUCCCGGUGUUGUAUGCUGGGUCAGCGAGAGCAUCACAUGAAGAAACGACGGAGGAAGCUUUAGGGUUUGCUAUAAAGCAUGCAAAGUCGAUGGGAUUGUGUAAAGAAGGGGAUUCAGUGGUUGCUCUGCAUCGAAUCGGGACUGCAUCUGUAAUCAAGAUCUUGACUGCUAAGUGAAAGUGAAAUUAAAAUUUGAGUUUAUUCAUGAAUUUUUUUUGGGAGAAUGUUUUGAAGACUUUUUAUUUUAUUUUACGUAAACUGUGCUUUUUAUGAAUAUAAUGCAUUUGAUUUUUUUAUUAAAAUUUACUAGGUUGAUUGAAUAAUUAAA